GAAGGGAAUUUCGAAAGUAGGGAGUUAGAAUGUACGAUGCCGGUGAUGCGCUCUUGACAAUUGUCAUUUGAAACCUCUUAUACGUAUAUUGCAUUUCUUUAUUUUACUUAAAAUAUGCUAGUGAGGAAUAUAUAUUUGUUUGUGUUUUAUGUAAUAUUUAUUGCGUGCAGCGUUAUUUCUGUUGAUUAUUAUGAUUUACUUGGUAUUUCUAAAGAUGCUGAUAGCCGGGAAAUUCGUAAGGCAUUUAAAAAACUUGCUUUAAAAUAUCAUCCGGACAAAAAUAAGGGCCAGAAAGAGGCACAUGAAAAGUUUAUAGCCAUUAAUAAGGCAUAUGAAGUAUUAAAAGAUGAAGAUUUAAGAAAAAAGUAUGACUUAUAUGGUGAGGAAGGCUUAAAACAGGAUUUUGGAAAGUCAUGGAAAGGAAAUUAUCAUAGCUGGAAUUAUUACUAUGAAAGUUUUGGAAUUUAUGAUGAUGAUCCAGAGAUAAUAACCUUAAGCAGAAAUGACUUUGUGCAAUCUGUUCUUGAGUCUUCAGACUUCUGGUUUGUGAAUUUCUACUCUCCUCAGUGUUCCCAUUGUCAUCACUUGGCACCUGCUUGGCGAGAAUUAGCUCGGGAGCUCAAAGGUGUUCUACGAAUAGGUGCUGUUAAUUGUGAAGAUGACUGGAUGUUGUGCAGACAGCAAAAUAUUCAUUCUUAUCCUUCUCUUAUCAUCUAUCCUCAGAAAGAAAAAUAUCAUGGUCCAAGAGAGGUGGAGGCUCUGGUGCAACAUGUUCUUCAGAUGUUACCAAAUAAUAUUAUAAAGUUAAGAUCAACCGAUUUUAUUGAAGUAAUAUCGAGAGAAGAAUUGACAUCUCUGCCCUGGCUAGUAUUUGCAUGUAAGAGCCAUAAAAAUUGUAUUCAUAAAGAUGACAUGAAAAAACUAGCUAUAAUACUGGAACAUUUAGUAAAUAUUGGUGAAGUAGACGUUGAAAAUGAGAGACAAAUUUGUGAUAUUAUUGACUGUAAGUCAUCAGUUACAUAUUAUUUUAAUCUGAGCUUAGCCUUACCAAAGACUGAACAGAGAAGUGUAUCUAUUGAUGAUGUUGAAACACUUGAAAUUGUGAAGAAAGUACUUCAACUGUUGCCUGAACCAGAAGAUGUAACAGAGAAAUUUCAGGAGAUACAAAGCUCUACAAAGAGUUUAACAUCAUCACCGUGGUUAAUCCAGUUCACAAAAAACAAGACUAGUCCUUUUGAUGAAGAUGUGGAUCUCAAACGCCUUAAAGCAUUUUUGCCAGAAGUAAUGCUUGGACUGUUUGAUUGCCUGCAUCAUAUGUCUACUUGUUCAUCCUUGUAUAUACAGAAAUUUCCUACAUUCAUUCUGUUCAAGCCAGGUGGCAUGUAUGAAUUCUAUCAUGGGAGAAUUACAGCUUAUGAUAUCGCAAGAUUUUCUCGAGAAGCCUUAUCUAGUCAAGUACAUACUCUUACUCCUGAACAUUUUCCUCAAAUAUUAGAAUCAUCAGAAGCCUGGUUCAUUGACUUUUUUGCUCCAUGGUGCCCUCCUUGUAUGCAGUUCCUUCCUGAAUGGAGAAAAGCAUCGCACUCCUCUGGUCAUUUAGUGAAGUUUGGCACUGUUGAUUGUUCCAUCCAUGGUACUCUUUGCCGUAAAUAUAACAUUAAUUCAUAUCCUACUGCCAUCCUUUAUAACCAUUCUGUGCCUCAUAAGUUCACUGGCUCGCAUUCUCAUCAUCAGAUUGAAGAAUUUGUGGAGGACAUAUUGCACCCCCUUGUCUUAAUUUUAAAUCCAGAGUUGUUUGAAAAGUUAAUAAAAGACAAGAAAGGUGAUGAAAUUUGGGUGAUUGACUUUUAUGCUCCUUGGUGUGGACCUUGUCAGCAACUUGCUCCCCAGUGGAGAAAAUUAGCAAAAAUGCUAGUCCGUACACCUUCUGUGCAUAUUGCUGAGAUUGAUUGUCAAACUUACUAUUCUUUGUGUAACACUAAUGAAGUAAACAGUUAUCCAACUAUAAGGUUAUAUCCAAGAGGGAAAAUGGGACCCAAUCGAUUUUAUUCAUUCAAUGGAUGGAGUAGAGAUGCAUCGUCACUCCAAGCUUGGAUUUAUAACUUCUUACCAUCAAAAGUUCAAUCCCUAACAAGUUCACUUUUCAAAGAAGUUUUGGCAGAUACUGAACCGUGGGUUAUUGAUUUUUAUGCACCAUGGUGUUUACACUGUCAGACGUUUGCACCUGAAUUUGAAAAAAUUGCUGAGAAUUUGAAAGGAGAGGUAAAAGUUGGAAAAAUCAACUGUGAAGAGUUCCCAAAUAUUUGCAGGCAAGCAGCUGUGCGUGCUUACCCUACUGUCGUAUUUUAUCAAGGAGCACAAAGAGGAAAAACACAGAAUCCAAUUGCAGAAGAAAUACAUACUCUAACUUUUAAUGGAGUUAUAUCAUUUAUAGAAGAGAAACUGACCAUAAAUAUUCAGAGAGUAAGGCAUGAUGAAUUAUGAGGUUUAGCCCAGCCUGGUCACUUCUAAUUAUAAGAAAUGAGAAAUAAACAAGAUCAUUCCAUUCUGAUCCUUGUCAUACUAAUUGUCAUUGUAAUAUUUGAUUUUGAAACAUCUUUUGAUAAAUUGUGUAAUAACAAUUGUUAGAUUUUUGUAUUUAUAAUAAAUAUAACAAUAUUUUACCAA